AUGGCUCGGAUGGGUUUCAUCUGGCCUAAGGACCCCCAACCAGGGAACCCAGAUAGCUGGCCACGACGCUGGCGUUUUACAGAUGUCCUCCACAACAUGGGACCAGACAUCUAUGUCGGGCCAAUUGGGAAAGAGAGAAAGAGAAAGAAAGGGAGAAGGAGAGGGAGAGGACGUCCAGAACAAGGCGUCCCCAAAAUACACUGGGACAUGUGGGACCAAGGCCGAGGAGAGCAAGAUGGCUACCCCCUGCAGGCGACAUAUCCGGGGCCAUUCUAUGCCUGCAAUCAAAGACUUCAUGAACCAGGGCAGCAGAGCCACCCGUGGUUGGGGCCAACCCGCGAAGGCAAGAUAUAUGACUAUCGCCAGCGCAAGUACAUUUUGCCGGAUGAGGGAACAUGGUCAAAAGUGGAAUACUGCGACUUUGAGAACCCACGCAGUUUUCUGCGUCGUCGCCGAGAGGGUCAGCACUGCGUUCCGGUUCAAUACCGUGACAAAAAUGGCAUGAUGUAUCCGGCCUACCAUUGGCAUGAUCUUAUCCAUGGCCGUAAAUGCAGGGAAUUCCCGGCGCAGGAUUCGUCGCCACCUGUUCCUCAUGGUGAUCGUUCUGGCAAUGGCUAUCAUCGGCCGGGUCAUACCUCUCAUCCGCCUGAUGAUCCUCGGCCACCCGGCAAUCGCCGUCCACGCAAUCCUCGCAAUCCGCCUGGCAAUCCUGCGUUUCUUGGUGGUUCCCAGCCACUGAAUUCAGGCUGGCCACAAGCGAAUACUCGUAAUCCGCACCGAAGCUACAGGCCAAGACGAGGCGAAGAUCAUCAUUCUGAUGACAGUGGGCCCACUGGAUCUAUUUACGGGCCAGCCAUGCAUACACAUGACAUGGAAGAGGCCAUCCACGAGAGUCGCAGGAGUAGUACUGCGAAUAUCCUAUGGUCACAGUCGACUGCUCCUGCGAUUGCCCAGACGGCGCCACGUCAUGCCCCUGAUCCGUUCGCACCCUUUGACCCCAGCAGCCUCUAUCCAAGCCAAGGAUCGAGCAAUAAUGGUUUCAGAUUUCCAGUUUCCUCGCCUGGGCCUAGUCCACGUUUCCGGUCUCUGCCUACUCAACAUGGCAACUUCGACGACUUCACUGGCAAUGAAGCAAGUGAGGAUUUCCCAGGCCAUGACAGACGGGGAAGACGACGUUCGAUUAAAGUUCAACCGGAAUGCCGCACCAAGCCAGCCGCCCGGUCAAGAGCGUGGCUCUGGGGCCAUUGA